AUGGCGAACAAUGUCAAGUCGUCUGUCCUCAAUCUCUCCGCGACCUUGGGCCAGAUCGGCAAACUCGAGUUUCGUGUUCGGGACGCGAUCAGCAAUGUCGUAUUAGCAUCCAACGACGAAUUCGAAGCGCAUUGUAUCAGGGAUGCUGAUGAAGCCGAACUAUCGCUCUUCCAGCCGGCGUCCGAAAACACCCACCGAGACGGGGAAGAAGUCGGUUGGGCAUCGGGUCCAGCUGUUGUCAGAGCACAGCCCAUCAUCGAUAGUAUUCCAGAUCUCAAGAAUCUUUCCAAAACUCAUUCCAACCCCGGUGACACUGCAGUCACAAGAAGCUAUCUGAUGGCGAUAAAAAAACUUUUGGACGUCUACCCUCAACCGCGUCUGGCAGAGCACGUCCAAGCCCUAUCCAGACAGUUGGACACCCUUCAAGGUUCCAUUUCAGAAAUGCAGAGUACUUUAAACUCGAUGAACAACCAAUCACAAAGCAGGAAGGCUUCAACAACGAAGAAAAAACAAAAACAAAUCACCAAAAUGAAGAAAACGUCUGCCACUCAACUGGCCUUGGAAGAAAUUGAAGACUUGAUCCAGCACGAGCAGCUUGAAAUUCUAGCACUUACCGACCUACGCGACGAGAAACGUGUAGAGCUUCGAAAGAUGUCCGAGAAGAUCAUGCAAGCCGAAUCUAAGGCAAAUGCAGUGCUAUCGCCUAGGAAACUGAAAGCGAGGAAGACGCCUUCCAAGACAAAGUCUAUCAUGUCCGACGCCAAUGAUCCUUUUGUCCUGAGUCGAACUGAAUCCCUUCGGCGCUCGAUCCGACGGAUCCAAAGCCCCCACAUCCGUAAUGAGCUUCCAUCGAGUGGCUUGAGGCCGAUCAUAAUGGACCAAGGGGACGACAAUAAUAUGCCCAACACGCCCACUCCAAAAUCCGUUUCACACAAACUACUAGAAAGGAAUCUUACUCAGUUACGAUCUCGUGCCAAUCUACAACCGGCCAAACACCAGCCAAGUGCUUCCCCUGUCGGACAGAUUGAUCCACCUGCAACAGAGCCCCCCUUGCUUUUGUCUACGCCGGUCAAACAACCCAACUCAUCACCGCACCAGGCUGUAGAAACUUGGAAGCUCCCUGAAUCCAGGUUAAAUACGAUCUAUCGAUUGAACACCGCCUUCUGGAAAUCGGCCACCAUGGCCGAGCCUCUUCUCGAGCUCUGCCAAAAUCUGAAGGAGCAGCGGCAACAGGAAGGUUAUGAAGUGACCUAUCAAGAUACGAUUUCCGCCCUUAAACGUUUGCUUGCAAAUGACCCUACUUCCACAUUAACACCCGCCCAAUUGAUUGAAGCAGUGCUAUACAAAGAGCUAUUAGAAAGCUUAUCCUCGCCUCCAGGACCGACGCAGCAGAGCUUGGAAGUCGUGUCACACGAAGAGGACUGGUGUGUGGCCUUGGAAGCGGUCAAGGCCCACCUGGUAAAAGCCUGCGAAAGCUUUGGAGUGGAUGCCAGCUUGAACCGGACCGUUGUUUAUUUCUUGGUUGGCAAGGGCGUUAUUCGCAUCGAACGGAGAGCUUCUCCAAUCGCUAUCUGUAUUUGUUGA